AUGUCCGCCAACAACAUCCCCAAUGGCAACUCUACGGUGUCAACGCAGAAAGCUUCCAAUAAGCUAAACAAUCCCUCCUCAAGUUCCCCCAUCCACGAUGCCUCGACUCUUUCCGACGUCCGCGCUGGGCUAGCUGCCCUACAUCGGACUUAUCCCGAGUUAGGCCGGCUCGAUCUACUUCGUGCGAAUCUCGGCUCCCAGGUCAUCGCGACAAGAUCCAUAAGCAAUGGGAUGCUCUCAUCGGCUGCCGACACUGCAGGACGACUUUCCAGUCGGGUUAAGGAGCUCGACCUAGAGAAAGACAGAGUGCAGCAAACACUGAAAGUUGUUGAACAGGUCGCGGAACUCAAAGCAUGCGUCCAUGGAGUAGUGGGCAGUAUGGGCGCCCCCCAAGACUGGGAAGCGGCAGCAGGCUAUAUCUCCCGCGCAAGCAAAGUACCAGAGCCUAUUAUACGUGGUGGCUUUGCGGCUUCCAUGGUACCGAGUGUCGAGGUGCCAGAUGCGCCCUGGGGUGUUGCCGGCACAGCUAGGGCAACUCUCAAAGCGACACCUGGCGACGCGGGGAAAAGAGAUGGUUUCUUUUACGCCAACGCGCUUACGAAGCUCUUUGAGCAUAUUGCCCAGAUUGUUGAAAGUCAUGGUGGACUCGUAGAGAGACACUACGGCGAAGGCAAGAUGGUUAAAGUCAUAGAGAGACUCCAGAUGGAGGCUGACGUUCAAGGUGGUAUUAUUUUGGAUUCGUGGGGCGAUGAAAGAAGCGUUGAUAGAAAACUUACCGACGCAAAAAGUUAUCCAUUUUCCUUCUUAGUACAAAGUUUCCUACCUCCGCAAAGGACGCUUACGGGUACUCCGCGUGUAAACUCUCCAGCGAUAGGCGGCGGUACCAACUCGCGAAAUAGUGAGGAUGAAGGCGUAGACAUGAAAGAAGUAGAUGCUCUACUUAGCGAGAUCUCCAUCAUGCUUGGCCGAUGGUCGUUAUACUCAAAGUUCCUUGCUAGCAAAUGCAGAAAUCCCGAUACUCCUGAAGAUGCACCUCUAUCAAUACCUGAGGUUGUCACAAAAUCCAAUCUCGGUCGAAAGAUCUCAUCUGCCUAA